CCACUCAGUCGACGUGUGCGGUUGUUCAGAGGAGAAAGGCGCACAGCUGCCUCCAGAAGCUAGGCCGGUAGCUGCAGCAAGGCAGAAGCACAGUCAUGAGGCAGGACUGAGCUGCCACCUCCUGCCUGCCUGCCCAGAGGGAGGGCAAGGACGCCAGGGCCACCAGAGGAUCCCACAGCAGCUCCACCCUGGGUUCAGGAAGCUGUGAAUUCCUUAAUGCCGUACACUGGCCUGAGAACAUCGUGCGUACUCUAAGGAGAGUUAUGAAAGCGAAGAACCUGGUCAGCCAACUGAAACACUGGAAUCGUCCUUUUCGAGACCCAGAGCUCCAACGUUCCUUGGCUUAACAGACAGCAGCACCUGGGAGAAUGUGGGCGAGGAAUCUUAUGGCAAGAGCCUUAUACGACAAUGUCCCCGAGUGUGCAGAGGAGCUGGCCUUUCGCAAGGGAGACAUCCUGACUGUCAUAGAGCAGAACACAGGAGGCCUGGAAGGAUGGUGGCUCUGCUCCUUACACGGCCGGCAAGGCAUCGUCCCAGGCAACCGGGUGAAGCUUCUGAUCGGCCCCGUGCAGGAGACCUCCUCCAGUCAGGACCCACCUGCUUCUGGACUGGUGCACCAGCCCCCCUUUGGCCAACAGAUGCUCUAUCAAAUUCCAAACCCACAGGGCGCCCCUCGAGACACCGUCUACCAAGUGCCACCUUCCUACCAAAAUCAGGGAAUUUACCAAGUACCUACUGGCCAUGGUACGCAGGAACAAGAUGUGUAUCAAGUACCACCAUCCGUGCAGAGAGGCAUUGGCGGGGCUAAUGGUCCCCACGUAAGUAAAAAGGUGAUCACGCCGGUGAGGACCGGCCACAGCUAUGUGUACGAGUACCCAUCCAGACACCAAAAGGACGUCUACGAUGUCCCUCCUCCCCAGGCCGCUCACGGGGUAUACGACAUCCCACCGUCAUCUGUGAAAGGCCCCGUGUUCUCAGUUCCAGUGGGAGAGAUAAAACCUCAGGGGGUCUAUGACAUCCCUCCUACCAAAGGGGGACACGCCCUUCCACCCUCCGCCUGCAGAGACGAGGCCGGGCUUAGGGAGAAAGAGUAUGAUUUUCCGCCUCCGAUGAGACACGUGGGCCGGCCCGAGGGCGUUUAUGACAUCCCCCCAGCCAGCACCAAGCCCCUGGGGAAGGACCUUCACACUAAAUACAACGGCGAUGCUCCCAGAGCGGCAGAGCUGGCGCCCCGGAGACACCAAAGCAUUUCCCUGACCCACCCGGCCCCGCAGCCGGGCCAGCCCACGGGCUCGCAGAACGACGCCUAUGACAUCCCCCGGGGAGUCCAGUUUCUGGACCCGCCAGCAGAAGCCAGCGAGAAAGCCAACCCCGAAGAAAGAGACGGGGUGUACGACGUCCCGCUGCACCACCCGCCGGAUGCCAAGGGCUCCCAGGACGUGGUGGACGGCAUCAACCGGCUGUCCUUCUCCAGCACGGGCAGCACCCGGAGCACCAUGUCCACGUCCUCCACCACCUCCAAGGAGUCCGCGCUGUCCGCCUCCCCGUCCCAGGACAAGAGGCUCUUCCUGGAUCCAGAUACGGCCAUCGAGAGGCUCCAGCGGCUGCAGCAGACCCUGGAGCUGGGCGUCUCCGGCCUGAUGGCGCUGGUCACCACCGACUGGCGGGGCUACGGGUACAUGGAGCGGCACGUCAACGAGGUGCGCGCCGCCGUGGACAGGGUGGAGCUGGCCCUCAGGGACUACCUGCACUUCGCCAAGGGGGCCGCGGCAAACGCCUGCUGCCUCCCGGAGCUCGCCCUGCACAACAAGAUGAAGCGGGAGCUCCAGAGGCUGGAGGACUCCCACCAGAUCCUGAGCCAGACCAGCCAUGACUUAAACGAGUGCAGCUGGUCCCUGAACAUCCUGGCCGUCAACAAGCCCCAAAACAAGUGGGACGACCUGGACCGGUUCGUGAUGGUGGCAAAGACGGUGCCUGACGAUGCCAAGCAGCUGACCACGACCAUCAACACCAACGCGGAGGUCCUCUUCAGACCGGGCCCCGGCAGCUCGCAGGGGAAGAGCGGGCCCGAGAACAUCACGAACUCCACUGAGUACCCACACGCCGGCCCCCAGGUGCAGCUGCUGCAUCCCAGGGACCCCAAGGCUCCAGCCCUCAGCAAGCCCCUGCCCCCCAGCCUAGGCAAGGAGCAGCCCCCUGACUGCAGCAGCAGCGACAGCUCCGAACGGAGCUGGAUGGAUGACUACGACUACGUCCACCUCCAGGGGAAGGAGGAGUUCGAGAGGCAACAGAAAGAGCUCUUGGAAAAAGAAAACAUCAUCAAACAGAACAAGAUGCAGCUGGAACAUCAUCAGCUGAGUCAGUUCCAGUUGUUGGAACAAGAAAUCACAAAGCCCGUGGAGAACGACAUCUCCAAGUGGAAGCCCUCCCAGAGCCUCCCGACCACCAGCAGCAGUGUGGGUGCUCAAGACAGGCAGCUGCUGUGCUUCUACUACGACCAGUGUGAGACCCAUUACAUCUCCCUCCUCAAUGCCAUCGACGCGCUCUUCAGCUGCCUCAGCUCCGCACAGCCCCCGCGGAUCUUCGUGGCGCACAGCAAGUUUGUCAUCCUCAGCGCCCACAAACUGGUGUUCAUCGGAGACACGCUGACGAGGCAGGUGGCCGCCCAGGACGUUCGCAACAAAGUGAUGAACUCCAGCAACCAGCUCUGCGAGCAGCUCAAGACUAUAGUUUUGGCGACCAAGACGGCCGCGCUCCACUACCCCAGCACCCCCGCCCUGCAGGAGAUGGUCCACCAGGUGACCGACCUGUCCAGGAACGCGCAGCUCUUCAAGCGCUCUUUGCUGGAGAUGGCGACGUUCUAAGAAGAAGAGCAGGAAAAGGGGGACUGAAUUGGGUUACUGAGGAAAACUGGAAAUACGCUCUGGUUUUUGUAAAUCUUAUCUAUUUUUGUAGAUAUUUUGUAUGAAAAUGAGAUAUUUUAACAUUUUAUGGGUUAGACGACAUUCAGAAAUUCAGGGAACUCCAGGGGGACUCUUUUUUUUUUUCUUGCAUGGUGCUUAUGUACACACGUAAGCAUCUAAGACGUGAACUGUGCAGUGUCCUGUCCACGUGCGAGUGUAUGACUGUGUUCAUGUUUGUUCAUAGAUGUUUGUCUGAUACAUUCCAUUAAAAACCAUGAAUUAAGAAGCACCUUAGUAAGCACCUCCUAAUGCUGCAUUUGUUUUUGUUUUUUUUAGAAAACAUACCAGCUGGUUGUAAUAUUGCUCUGCAUAUACUAGUGAUUUUUCUGAGCCUGUCACUCCCAACUCUGAGAAGCACAGUGUAUCAGCAAGUGUUCACCUUCCAAUGAGGAGGUAUGCUAUGCCUCGUUUUUGUUUUUGAAACCCAUUCCAAAAUUGGCCGUUAUUGCAAGAUGCCUCGCUUCUGGCUGAAAAAAGCCCUCUUAGAAAGUUUCAGAAAGUAUAUGUUAAUCCAAACUCUGACGUGUUAGGUACUGGAGGAGGGACACGUGUACUUAGAGGCCGUGUCCCCACUUAGGGCUGUUUCAACACAGAGAGGAUGUGUUUCCCCGGGGCUUUUUGCUCAUCAGUGUUUAUGAGUGAUUUGGCCCUGAGAUUUUCCAAAGGAUGUUUUUAGAGUUGCAAAAAGUAUAUUAUUUGCAGCAGGAAUUCAUAAAGAUACGUCAGACUAUGAUCACCCACAAAAAGAAGGAAUGUCCCAUCUGCCAGCUGUAAGCGGGGACCUUUCUGCCUCUCAGUACUCCCUUAGGUGCCGCUACCCCCAGUACCUGAGCUCUAGUUCCUAGAUCACCUAAAUGUUAGAGCCACCAGGCCACAUCCUACUGUAAGAGAAUCCAUGCUUGAGUCUGUACCCUCCCUAAAACAGGCAUGUGUGGACCCAACACUCAGAGCAGCCGUACGGAGCCCAUCCAGGCUUUACAGCGCUGUCUGGCCAGUGGCCCUGUGUACACCGCCCGCUGUGGCCUCCCAGCUGGCACGGCAUCCAUUCCAUAGUCUGUCCUCUUGCACAUGCUGGGGUUGGCACAGCACAAACACGCCACAAGCCAUCAGAUUCAUCACAGGGCAAGUGAAACACCUGCUACCCGGUGGGGAGAUGUAUUCACAAAUUCACCAAGUCAUGAAGCAAAGUAUUUGUGGUUUAUCAGUCCGGUUUUUAUUUAGUGAUCCUAUUCCGGCCACUUUGAAAACGUUUUGAUGUGCAGUAUAUGUCUUGAGUUUAUUAAGCUCGCUCGUUUCAAACAACCACAUCAUUGGAACGGUAAAAGGAUUUAGGAGAGAAGGAUGCGUGAUCUAAGUGGGAUUAAAAAAAAAAAUCAGCGAAACUUAUCCUAGAAGGUGCUUUUGAAAACAACCACCAUUGUAGUUCUGCUCUGCCAAAAGAAGUUGUAUUGUUAUAAGACAAGUGUGUGCGAAGCAGGGGGGUUGCUGAAAAUCAACAAAGAGGAGGCUGAAAAGCAUCCGUGUAGAUUUCAUUGUCUAAUGUGUAUUUCUUUGGCGAUGACAGACUUACUCUAAGCAAAGUGGUGACAUGUCACACUUUCCAAACCAAAAUGUUGAAUCUGUAUUACUCUCUUUCCCAUAUUGUAUAUACAGGCUAUUUUUAAAUCAUUAAAAUUUCAGAUGUCU